UCCGGAGUGGCCAUGGGGCUCGCGCGCCUGCUCUGCAGGGCAACCUGGCUACUUUGCCGCUUUAAGGGCCCCCUUCUCGCCCCGGCAAGAGCGGGCGUGCCUUGCCCCGCGGCCGCGCUCCGGACCUUGUCGGGCCCCACUUCGAGCUGGGAGCCGCCGCGCUCCCCGGGAUCGAGGACCAGCCUGGCCGGGACGUUUUCCGCGGCGGCUUUGGUGCAGGCGGCUCCGCGCACGCUCCAGCCUUACCUCCGUCUCAUGCGACUGGAUAAACCCAUUGGGAUUUGGCUGCUGUAUCUGCCUUGCACCUGGAGUAUAGCCUUGGCAGCAGAACCAGGUUACUGGCCAUCCUGGGACAUGCUGUUACUUUUUGGUAUUGGGUCAGUUCUGAUGCGUGGAGCAGGUUGCACCAUAAAUGACAUGUGGGACUUGGACUAUGACAAAAAGGUUGCAAGAACCGCAAGUCGACCACUGGCAGCUGGAGAGCUAUCACGUUUUCAAGCCCUUGUUUUUCUUGGCACACAGCUUAGCUUGGCCUUAUGGGUCUUGCUAUGUUUAAAUUAUUACAGCAUUAUUUUAGGAGCUUCUUCUUUAUUUCUUGUGGUGACCUACCCACUUAUGAAGAGAAUAACUUAUUGGCCACAGUUAUACUUAGGAUGUGUCUUCAAUUGGGGAGCCUUACUUGGUUGGUCUGCGGUCCAUGGUUCUUGCAAUUGGUCAGUUUGCUUACCCCUGUAUUUUUCCGGCAUCUGUUGGACUUUGAUUUAUGAUACCAUUUAUGCUCACCAGGAUAAAACAGAUGAUCUUGCCAUUGGUGUGAAAUCUACAGCGCUCCUCUUUGGGGAAAAGACAAAAUACUGGCUCCUUGGCUUCAGUUGCACAAUGCUCUGUGGAUUUUCUGUGGCAGGAAUAAAUUGCAGCCAGACCUUCCCCUUCUAUGCAGCCCUGACAGCUGCGGCCAUCUGUUGGGGAAGCCAGAUAUUCCAUUUGGACAUAAACAAUCCUAAAGACUGCUGGAACAAGUUUUCUUCGAACCGCAACCUAGGGAUUUUACUUUUCGCAGGAAUUGUACUCGGAAAUCUAAGGAAAGAGAAAAACUCAGAAGAAACAAGGGAUGCUUUAGGUAGCAGCUAGUGCAGAAGAAGAUAAUGCUGUUUUAUCAAUAGAAUGAACAUGAGUCUUUUUUUUUGUUAAUCUACUACUUUAUAUUUAAUAGAUCUGGUGCUUUAUAUUAAAGUUCUAGAAUGGUGGUUAUUACCUAUAGGUUUGAUUUUCUGUUUUUGAACAUACUCUAACUGUCUUGGCAAAAACUCUGAGUAAGUUUAAGAUUUUCCAAUAAAACUUUGAGAUUAACUCUACGGAGCUACCCAUGAAGCUUUCCACUGUAAAAUUAUAAGAUUGUGAAAGAACUAAAUACAUAAGACUAUUGUAGAAAUACAUUAAAAAACCAGUCUUCCAACAGUACUUUGCAUAAAAUAGUAUUCAUUGCAUUGUGUUCAAAACUGCUGAGAAGUGUAAACUAUAAAAUGACUUUUGUCAAGGUGACAGUUGGUUCUAUAGUAUUGUCACUUAUGACAUUUGAGAG